CUGCCCCCCUCUGACAUCCUAUCGGAGUCUGAACGACUGAGCCCUCAGCAGGCCCCCUCACCGGCUUCACUUGACGCUAGCAGCCCACCGCCGGUUAAUGAACCAGGGAGUCCGGGAGACAGGUUUGUCCCACCUAGCCCCCCUGCCUCCCCUCCUCCACCUCCAGAGUCCCCUACCAAGUUGCUUGACCACCCUGCCGCCACCAACAUCGCACCUGAACCACUGGUCUCCAUGGAAACAAACAACACCAAGGGAGGAGGUUUAAUUUGCUCCUCUCCGAAAGCCCCCUCCUCCUCUCCGCCUCCCCUCCUCCCAGCCCCAGUGUCUACAUCCACUACCCCUGCCGUCCUCCCCCCAUCCUCCUCCUCCUCUUCUUCCUCCUUUUCCUCUAUUGCCCCCCUCCCUCCCCACAUCCCUGUUAUUAGUCUGGGACACAGUAAACCCCCCACCCCCUCUCCCUCCCCAGUAACCCCUCUAACCACCCUGCACCCCAUCCCCAACCACCCCCACCACCGUGACCCUUACCAUCACACCCACCACCACGGGGCAUCCGCCUCACCCAGCUCACCUCUGUCAGGGACCAGACCAGGGGCCCCACCGAUCCCCACCCAGGGCCCCCUGCUGCCCCACCAGUACCUGCCACCACACCACUUCUUCAGCAGUUCUCAUCUUGGUCCCUCUGGUAACUAUGGAAUCUUUUCCAGUAGAAGCAUCAAGAGACGGUCCUCCUCACACUAUGAGUUGGAUCUCAGUGAUGCGGGCCCUCCUCAGAAGCUGGCGAGGCGUGUGUUCACCAACAGCCGGGAGCGUUGGCGCCAGCAGAACGUCAACGGGGCCUUCUCAGACCUCCGUAGGCUCAUCCCCACCCACCCUCCGGACAAGAAGCUCUCCAAGAAUGAGAUCCUCCGACUGGCCAUGAAGUACAUUGACUUCCUUGUCACCCUGCUCAACGACCAGUCCCAAGACAAAGCCAGGGGCUCGUCUGAGGAGGAGACCCAGGAUGAGAGGGCCCAAGUGGGGCUGAACAACAAGGAUAUGCACCCACUUUUCCAGGGUGACACUCCCUCUUCAACUAUGGUCUACCACGACAGAGGAGACUCCACAGACUCAUCGAUCAUCGCCUUGGCAACCUCCCCGACCUCCAGUUGCUAUAGCAACACAGACAGUGAGGAGAACCUGGGGGGCGGGGCUAAGAGCUCAAUGGUGGUGCCGCGGGGCAUUCUGGGAAAGGUCAAAGGUCAGAUUCGGACUGCGGUGACACUUGCCAACGACCAGCGGUGACAUGACAUGUGACGUCACAAAGAGGACAAAAUUGAAUACCUGGUAGUAAAUAAUAUCCGACAAACUGACAGAAAGGACACAAAUGUACAGUAUACUUACUACUCUACCAGCAAUCUUUGAGACUUUUGGAAUCGAUGUAGUUCUUUCAAUGACAUGGUAUAUCUGCAAGGUCAGUUCUGAGUUCUUGUAGCAGUUUGUGGUAGUGUUUGACUGCCCCUCUGUCUGGAUUUUGUGUCCUGCAGUGUGGGAUUGAGCCUUUCUGGGUAAUGUAAGCUGUUUCAUCUGAACUGAGGCUUCUAUAGGGAUAAUAGGGAAAUGGAGGCUUGACUGUUUGUACAUCCAGUCAGCACAGUGUCAGUUGCCCUAAAACCUCUGAAGGAGCCAUGUUGACCUCAUGGCUUUGCUUCCUGAAGUUUGAGACAUCAAAACACAUCAAUGACGGUAACCUUCAGUCAGUAGUUUAUGUGGCAAUUUUUGAAGUUUCCUAUUUUCUUUCUUUAGUCAGAUGAAGAAGAUGGUCCCACCCUCCCUCCCUUAGAGGACAACAUUGUGACACAGUUGUCCCAAAUGGCACCCUAUUUCCUGUUUAGUGCACUACUGGUCAAAAGUAGUGCACUAUGUAGGGAAUAGGGUGCCAUACGGGACAUUGACCGUGCUAGCUGACUGAAAUAAAGUGUUUUAGUUCUCUCUUCCUUAUUCAACAUCCUCUUAUUGCACUCCAGAAUACAUGCAGCCCUGUUAUCAGCACAAUUUCUCAACCCAUACAAUUGUUUCGCUGCUGUGUCCAGUUUGAGAAACAGACAGUGUAGUCGCUGGCAAAGUUGUUGUGUGAAGGGGUGAAGAUGUGUUUUUGUGUUCAGAAAAUCAACCGUGCUUAUUUUAUGGCUGUAAGUUGGUUUGUGAUCCUAUAAAAAGUGUGUUGUGAGAAAGUGCACAUAAGAACAUUUUGUAUUUUUACAACCCUAACACCAACUUCCUGUCCACAUCCCAGCUCAACCCUAACACCAACUUCCUGUCCACAUCCCAGCUCAACCCUAACACCAACUUCCUGUCCACAUCCCAGCUCAACCCUAACACCAACUUCCUGUCCACAUCCCAGCUCAACCAUAACCCAAGCCAUAGCCCAUAACCCUAACCCUACCCACUGUGCACAGAUUCAAAGUCUAUUCCAAGUUGGUUCAACAUUUCAUUGUAAUGACGUGGAACCAACGCUGAUUCAACCAGUGUGUGCCCAGUUGGUAGCUUCAUGUCCACAUCCAAGCUCAACCCUAACACUACCCCUAUAAUACCACUCUGAGAGAAUGCCUUGUCUGCACUCAAUCAGUCAUCCAUUACAUUUAGGAAAUGAGCUUCAUUCAAUACAUGGUUUCAAUCCUUCUGUU